AUGCCCGAUAACCCUCCAUCCGCUGCUUCAGGCGCGAAAGCGAAGAAGAACAAGAAGAAGGCAGCCAAGGCCAAGGCGAAUGCUCAGCUGACCGAUUCAAACACCGAGAAACCUCGAGAUGAUGCUCAACAACUAGAGGAUGCGGAUCAGGACGGUCCCGAUGAACCAGCCGACCCUGCAGAAGACCCCACGGCGGCUACACCUCAACCCGAUGGUGCCGGUGACAAUAAGGUCAACCACUCUACCAUCGACCACGAGCCUGUUGACGAUAAUCCCGAGCCUUCUUCGACCGAUGCCGAAGCUGAACCCAAAGACCGGUUCGACGCGCUUGUCCGAGACCGAGAUUCGCUGCGAGAAGAGGUCAUUGAUAUGCGGAAGUCAUUGGAAGAGAUCCAGUCUAAACAUAAAGUAGACAUGGAAGCACUGCAACAGAAUCUGGAUGAUAUGGAGAGCAAAAAGGAACAUGCAGAAACACAGUUCCAGCAACUGUUGGAGCGGGUCAAUAUAAUCAAGUCUCAAUUGGGAGAACGACUUAAAGAAGACGAAGAAGAGCUAGCAAACGCACGGUCUCAGCUAGAGGAACUCGAGGAUGAGAAUGCAGGCCUCAAGUCACAGCUCGAAUCCAAAUCGACGGAAAUUAAAGUGAUUUCGGACGAAUCAGCACAAAAAUCGAAAGAGAUAUCUUCACUUCGAGACCGGACAACAUUGUCGCAGCAGAAUUGGCUCAAGGAAAAAGACGAAUUGUUGGAGCAGGAAGCCUACUUACAAUCUGAAUUUGACCAGACCAAGGAAGCCAUGCAUAACUGGGAAGUGCUCGCGAUGGAAGAGCGAUCUAUUCGAGAGAACCUAGGCGAAAAAGUCGUUGACCUUGAGGAUCAACUUGGUAACCUCCGCGAUGCAUACGAAAAGGCGGCAGAAGAACGCGAUACUCAACAAUCCACUGUCGAUGGUCUUCAGCGAGCUUUGCAGGAGAUUCAAUCAGCACGGAAGCAGGAGCUCCGUGAGCUUGUAGAGAGCUCAGAUACGCAGCUAGAGGAGCUGAGACGAUCCCUACGAGAAGCACAGCAACAAGCCAGUGAUGCAAACAAGAAUCUUUCUACCGCACAAGAAGAGUUAGAUCGAGCACGGCCAUUUGAGAAAGAGGUGAAGGAGAAGAAUCUUCUUAUCGGAAAGUUGCGACAUGAAGCAGUCACGCUCAAUGACCAUCUUACCAAGGCCCUGCGAUUCCUCAAGAAGGGAAAACCAGAAGACAAUGUCGACAGGCAUAUUGUUACCAAUCACUUUCUUCAUUUUCUAGCAUUAGAUCGAUCGGAUCCCAAGAAGUUCCAGAUUCUACAACUCAUAGCGGCUCUUCUGGGCUGGGACGAUGAACAACGAGAACAAGCCGGACUCGCUCGACCAGGCACCUCAAGUAUGCCUAGCAAACUGCGGGUCCCUGGAACCCCAUUGCGUACUCCUAGCACACCAAACCUAGCCACCGAAUUCAUGGACAACGGAAACGCUAGCAAAGAAACUCUAGCAGAGCUUUGGUCCAGUUUCUUGGAACAGGAGGCUGAACAAGGCAAGUUCAAUACGAUGAGACGAGGAAGCCAUCCGGGACCGGCCAAGUCCUAG